AGUCGGAACCGUACAUAUAAGAUAUGGGAGGGCAAUACCUUUCACAAAUGUCCAUGAAAUUAUGCCAGGCUGGGCUGACCUGGGAGAGAGAGAACGCUCCAUCAUAGAACGUCACUCAGAGACGGACAGAAUGUGGGCGUUGUCCGAGUAUCGAGCACGUCAAGGAAGAGAAUGUCCUACAGCUUAUAGACUCGCAAGAUUUUUGGUUGAAAUCGAAGGUAAUACUGCUGGAACAAACAGAAAUAUUUUAGGAGAAUUACGUCACAGAAUCCACGAGUUAGAGAACCGGAUAGAGGAACUUUCCAGAACACAGAGACAGAGGGAUGUAAAUGCCGUCCUUGACCUGAGAGACUAUGAAAACCGACCUUGACCCAAGAGACUGAAAUGAAAUCAAAAACAAAAGUGCCAUAUAUUAACUUUUUUCAGAACGCCAUAUUUGAGAUUACAAUAAAAAUAUUUUUUUAUUGA